UGUAAAGGAUUUUGAAGAAAAUGAGAGUUAUAGUGGGUAUUGAUGAGAGUGAUGAGAGUUUGUAUGCUCUCCAAUGGACGGUGAAUAACCUUUUCAAUGGGCCGAUCAACAGUGCUGCUGGUGGGGAACGUAAUUUGCUAACCCUGGUUCAUGUACACCAACCAUCCAAGCACUAUGGGGUCGGCCCUUCUGCCUUCCCUGCUGGACCAGGAGUCGCAGCUUAUCCAUCAACUGCGCUGGUGGAUUCUGUAAGGAAAUCUCAAGAACAAAUUUCAGCUCGUAUACUCUCCCGUGCUCUAGAGAUGUGUGACAACAAGAUGAAAGCAGAAACUCUGAUUCUUGAAGGAAACCCUAAGGAUAAGUUAUGUGAAAUUAGCGAGGAAAUGAAAGUUGACCUCCUUAUUGUUGGCAACCGUGGCCUUGGCAGGAUUCAAAGAGCAUUCUUGGGAAGUGUAAGUGACUAUUGUGCACACUACGCAAAAUGUCCAGUCCUGAUUGUUAAGCCACCGAAAGAGAUGGCCGGCCAGUAAAAGCAAGGACUAAAAAUGUUGACAUUGAACCUGGAUUUAAUAAUUAAAUUUUAUUGCUUCAUGUCAUCGUCGGUUUUAGGUCGUGUAACUUUUUUAUACCAAAACAAGUUUGUCUCGAGUUUGACACCUAUUUUGUAAACCCUAUAUUUGUUUUCUUUUUAAAUUAGUGUGAAUGAAUGGAAAUACGUUGGAGAGUUUUAUAACAUCAAACUUUGAUUUUUUUAUAACAUUAAGAUCUUAAACAUUACAA